CAAACCCAGAUUUUUAUUAUCAACAGUCAUCACUCUCUCAACACCAUCAUCAACAUUCAACACUCUUCCUUCUCCUCCCUCCUCCAACAAAGCAACCUUUUUUUUUUUUUUUUCCUCUCUUUCUUUCCAUUUCCCCCUCAAAUUAAUUUCCAUCAUAUAUAAUAGUGUCACCCACCACCACAACAACAACAACAGAAGCAGCAGGUUCAAACUUCAAUUCAUGGAAGUGUGAUUCUAAUCUCCACAACAAACCUAACCCUAAAAAGCUAACCCUUUUUUUUUUUUUUUAAAUAUUGUUUCUUUUUUUACUUACCCUAGAUGUUAGAGCCAUGGACAUAACCCCAACAACAACGAUCAACAACAACAACACUACUCCCAGUGCAACAACAAAAUCCCCAGAAAAUGAAACAGAAACACCGACCAGGAUCACCACCCCCAUCACUCCCACAACGACAAAAACCUCAUCUUUUUCGAAUGGUGUCCUCAAACGCACCCACCACCACCACCACCUCCACCACCCUAUCCCUCCGGUGGUUACCUACAAAGAAUGCCUCAAAAAUCACGCCGCCAACUUGGGUGGCCACGCCUUAGAUGGCUGCGGCGAGUUCAUGCCCUCUCCGACCGCCACCGCUGCCGACCCCAGCUCCAUAAAAUGCGCCGCCUGCGGCUGCCACCGCAACUUCCACCGCCGCGAGCCGGAGGAGCCCCCCAUCGCCUCCACCACCACGCACGUCAUCGAGUAUCAGCCCCACCACCGCCACCACCCUCCCCCGCCGCUGCACGCGGCGGCGGUAGCCACCCGCAGCCCCAAUUCUGCUUCCCCACCGCCGAUCUCCUCGUCGUACUACCCCUCCGCGCCGCACAUGCUCCUCGCCCUCUCCGCCGGACUGGCGGCUCCGCCGGAGAGCACCGCCGCGCCUGCCGCCGCGCCCACGAGAAAGCGGUUCCGCACGAAGUUCAGCCAAGAGCAGAAGGAGAAGAUGCACAAGUUCGCGGAGAAAGUAGGGUGGAAGAUUCAGAAGCGCGACGAGGAUUUGAUUCACGAAAUUUGCAACGAAGUUGGCGUUGAUAGAAGCGUUCUCAAGGUUUGGAUGCAUAACAACAAAAACACCUUUGCCAAAAAGGAUAACAAUAAUAUUGUUACUAGUAAUGAUAUUAAUAUUACUACUAAAAAUAAUAUUUCUACUGAUAAUGAUGCAAAUGGGAGUGAUGUCAAGGUUUUUGAAAACCCUAACAAUGAUGGUGGUGAAGAUCGCGCUGAAGAUCCGAGUAGUAAUCACUAUGAUGGGGUGAACGUUGUUGGUGCUAAUGGAUCUUCUAGUUCUUGAUCUAAGGGGGAAGAAAAUAAUAAUGUAUUAGAUAGGUUAAUGAUGAUUAUGAUGAUGAUGAUGAUGCUACAAGGUUAAUUAAUCAGCUGUUUUUAAUUUCUUUUCUUUUCUUUUUUUGUUUUUAAUUGUUUAGUUUUUAUAUUGUUAAUGAGAGCAUGAUGAUCAAUCAGUUUAAUGGGAGAGAAUGUUAUAUCCGGAAGAGAAUUUAUUUUGCUUUUAAUGGUUUUAUGCUGAAUUAAGUUAGCUUUUAGUUGUUACCACUUGUUAUGAAUGUAUAUUAUGUUUAUCUUUA